GGCGAGGUUCUCUUUAACUUUGACCCCCGUCUCUUCGGUUUGUUGUUCUCCUGCUAACUUCACUUCUCCUCCGGCAAUGAGCGCGAUUCUUCCCCGGAUCGAGCAGCUGUCGGCCCGGGUGAUUCGGGUUCUGGGCUGCAACCCGGGACCGAUGACCCUGCAGGGAACCAACACGUACCUGGUCGGCACCGGGGAAAGACGGGUGCUGAUAGACACCGGGGAACCUGCUGUACCUGAAUACAUCAGCAGCCUGAAGCAGGCGCUGAAGCAGUUCAACACCAGCAUCCAGGAGAUCAUCGUCACACACUGGCAUCUGGACCACACAGGCGGAGUGGAGGAUGUCUGCAGGGACGUGGCUGGUUCGGAGGUCCGAGUCUGCAAACUUCCUCGCUCCAGUCGAGUCCACGAAACAGCCGGAAACAGAAGCUACACGUACCUGAAAGAUGGAGAUGUUGUCCAGACAGAAGGAGCCACGCUCAGAGUGCUUUUCACCCCGGGCCACACCGACGACCACAUGGCUCUGCUGCUGGAGGAGGAGCAGGCGCUUUUCUCCGGAGACUGCAUCCUGGGCGAGGGAACAGCCGUGUUCGAGGAUCUCUACGACUACAUGAAGUCUCUGAACGUCCUGCUGGACUCUCAGGCCGACCUCAUCUACCCCGGUCACGGCCCAGUGGUUCAGGACGCUGCCUCUAAGAUCAGACACUACAUCAGCCACCGGGACCAACGAGAACAACAGAUCCUGGCAGCCGUUCAGGACGGAGCAGGAAAACCUUUCUCCUCCAUGGAGCUCGUCAAGAUCGUCUAUAAGGACACUCCUGAAUACCUGCACCAAGCCGCUAACGUGAACCUGGUUCAUCACUUAAAGAAGCUGGAGAAAGAAGGCAAGAUCACUAUGGUGAAGGAAUCGUUGCAGAGCAGCAAAUGGAAGAGCAACCUGUGAUCGACGCGGAGACGAAAUGGACUCAAACUGAUCUUUAAUCGCCAAUGAUCGCCUUUCAGAAUGAUGUUUUUGAUUGAUGAGAGUGUGCUGCUGGAAAAUCGAGACCUGUUGCCUCAUAAAAGCUCAAAUUUAGUCUCAAGGCUGAAUACAGAAGUAGCACCACAAGUUACCACUUCAGCUGACUUCUAAAAGUCACCGUGGAGCAUUUUGAUGACUUAAAAAGACCGUUUUAUUAGCAGAGUUUGCUACACAAGGGUAUUUUUUCCUAUUUUCUGUCUGUCUUUGAGCAGAUUUCGUAUUUGCCACUAUUGCAAGACAUUGUCAACUAAUAUAAAAGCUCCUUUAACUUCAUAAAAACCUCACUUUUAGCGGUAGUAACUGCUCACAUGGAGUCUAUCAAGCUUAGCACUUUAGCUGACUUCUAAAACUCACCAUGGAACAUUUUGAUGACUUAAAAUGACCAUUUUAUUAGCGGACUUUGCCACACAAGGUUGAUUUUUCCUUGUGUUCUCCUUUUUUUUGAAGUAAUUUUUUUGCUAUUACUGGAUAGGUGCAGUGGAGACAGACAGUAAAGGAGGGAGAAGAGUGGGGGGAAGACAUGCAACAAAGGGCUGUGAGCAGGAAUCAAACCCAGGCUGCUGCAUCGGGGACCAGCCCUGUACAUCAGUCACCCGCUUAACCCAUUCAGCUAUCUGGACACUUUGUGUUCUGUCUCUUUUGACCAGAUUUCAUAUUUACAACUAUUCCAAGACAUUGUCAGCUCAUAUAAAAGCUCCUUUAACUUCAUAAAACCUCAUUUUUAGAGGUGGUUUCUGCCCACAUGGAGUCUACAAAGCUUAGCACUUUAGCUAACUUCAAAUGCGCCUCCAAAACUCACCGUGGAGCAUUUUGAUGACUUAAAAUGACCGUUUUAUUAGUGGAAUCUGGUACACAAGGCUGAUUUUUUUCUUGCUUUCUGUCUCUUUUUGACCAGAUUUCAUAUUUACAGCUAUCGCAAGACAUUGUCAGCUCAUAUAAAAGCUCCUUUUACUUCAUAAAAUCCUAUUUUGUAGAGGUGGUUUCUGCUCACAUGGAGUCUAUCAAGUUUAAUUUACAGACAGGAAUUAAUACCCAGGAUAUCUAGUGAUGCUUAUUAGUUUAUACAACGUAUUCUGUCCUGCAAAUCACUGUUAUUUAUGAAGCCAUAAAGGUCCAAAAACACCGAUUGACCUGAUCUGAUCUUUUUUUUGUGUUGAUAAUUAAACACUCUGCUGCACCCGGUUAGUCACUAGGUGGCAGCAUCUGCUAAUUCAUUUAAUUGCAAGCCAACUUGAAUUGUCAGUUAUAUUUUGCAUUUAUUAUACUGCAAAAAAAAUGUGAGAAAUGUUCUAUUUUUUUCUAAAACUUGUGACAAAUAAUGAAUGUAAAUGUGUGUCUGAAAAGAUUCUUUCUAAUAUUAAAUGAGAAGAUGCUACUGUGA